UUCAGCAAAGAGGUUUGAUGGACUGACAGGCGAACAAUCAUCCAAGCCAGUAAUUAACUACACUGGACCAAUACUGGAAAGGAAUAAAAGAGAAAAAAGGGUAGAAAGAUUAGCAACCAAAUAUCACAGCCACCUGAAUGGCUUACAAAACAAAAACAGUUCCGAUUCAUUAUCCACAAGGAGCCGUAUUAUAUCAUUGUUAUCCUCUCCUUUACAGCACCUCACUGGGCGCUAAAUUGCGGUGUUCAAGGGAAAGGUUUCUAUUAAGUAAUUAACAUCGUUUCCAGGCUUGAAAAAAUUUUGUCGUUUAGCAUAUUUUCAAAUAACAUAAACAAUGGGUAAAGUAAACAUGACGCAAAUAAAUUUGAAAAUCCAGUCAGUUUUGACAAACUGUCAGAGAAAAAGCGUUGGGAAACUAAAAUUUUCAGCAUGUAUUUGCAUAUGAAUAGUAACCUUUUGUCCCCACAAAGACAAUCACUUUACUUAAUGCUUUUAGUUGAUGAAUUCAAAGGUAUAUCUUUUCUCUCCGCGACAUCCUUACAAUUGUAACCCUGGGUUUUUUAAAUCCUAAAAAAUCAUUUAACAGCGAUAUGCUAUCGUUCAUUCACAAACACUAUCAGAGUUACGCUUCGAGAUCUGUACCCGCAAAUAAAAAUGUCUGCAAAAAUUGACGUCGCCAAGACAACAGGUUUGCAGCUGUUUGAAGCUUUUCAUUUUAGUUCUGUUUAAAUUCUGGUCUGUCAAAGUGUUAGAAUUGUAAUGAGCUCAUUCUCGCCGCCAUGUCUUGUGGCUUUAUCAACAGGCGUUAUUCGCGAGGCCGAAAGUUUCUGUAUGAAGAAGAAAUCCAAAAGCUCAUCGAAGGUGGAGAAAAGUUGAAAAGGAAGACCAUUUCAACGCUUGCAGUCGAUGACAACUAUCGAAGUCGGCUCGUAAAGACCACGAAUUUAAACGAAACGCUGAGCAAACUCCAGCAGUUUGGCUCGGGUAUAUGUCGAAUCGAAGUCGCUCAAGAGAAUGGCCCUAACUACACUGGAACUGGUUUUCAUUUUGGUGAUGGAUGGAUUCUCACUGCUGCUCACGUUCUUCGAAAUCGUGAUAAAGUUAACAUGGCAAGAUUCGUUUUCUUCCCGCCAGGAACUGAAAUUUCAUUUGAAGCGAGGCCCCGAAGAGCAAUAGUUCACCGCUUGCUUCCCGCAGGUCGAAGGCCUGAUUAUCAUAACCGAGAUAUCGUAUUGGUCAAACUUGGCUUUCAAUACACUUACGGGAGGAAAAAAGAUGAUCUGGAGGAAUGGGAAAUAGACGAGCAGCAACUCCUUGAGCAGUCUGAUUUGUUCAAUUUUACCUCGUUGUUGGAAAAAACAUUCACUCCCACCGGAGAUGAGCAAUUCAGCUUGAAAUCCACGGAUCCACUAACAAUUAUUCAUUUUGGCAGUGGACAAAAUGACCGCAAGAAAUUUGCAUACGACAUCGAAACGUAUGAAGUGUACAAACAUAUGGAUCUAAAAGUGAUCAACUUUGCGUUUUCCUUUGAUAGCGGAGCAUCGGGUUGCCCUGUAAUUCAGCGUGUCGGGGAGAAGUGGAUCCUAGUGGGUGUGUUUUUUGGCGGGGCCUAUUAUGAAAAUGAAGCCAAUUCAAUCAUAACAGGGCAAGCUUUGGUCUGGAACCAAGAAGUCGUUCAACACAUUGAAGCUGGACGGGAAGCUGUCGACAAGAUGUCCAGUUUCAAGCAGUAUAAUGUGUUUAUUCCGUUCUCUGAGAGAGCUCAGCUUGUACUAGAGACCAAAGUGAAGGAAGCCGCUGACCUCGCCGUAAAACAUCGCAUCUUGAUUCUGUGAUCCCAUCUCCAAACUGUUUUUGACUCAAACAUAGCGUACUUAUGACUUGUCAGUAACGAUAUCGUGUAGGACCGAAUAUCAACUUAGCUCAUUAACAAGUGUUAAGAAGUAUGGAAAUGAAAGCAAAAGCAUGACAUGUACUAAGGCUUACGCCUGAGUGGCGGGAAAAAUAAAACUAUGUAUGCAAAGUCUGUGAGUCACGUCAGCCCGCGAUUUUCUGUCAAGACGCCGUUCACUUGAAAAUAACUACAUGGACUUUGUCAUCUUUCGGUCUCGACCGCGUAGUGUGAUCGCGAGUACUAACUCUCUUCAGCGAAAUUUUGUAUUUACGUUCUUACCCACUGCAUUUCAAAAUCCCUGAUUUGAAAUCAUAGUUAUUGAAUGCGUAUUACAAGCUGGCGCCGUAUAAUUAGCUAGUAAGUCUGAACAGAGAGAGAAAUAUUUCAACAUGAUCAAUUCCCGCGCCACGUCAGAUUCUUGUGGCUGAACUGACUCAUAUGUUGCACGGUGACACAAAUGAGCUCAAUUUCAUCUUCUUUGGCCAUUAAGUUCACAACAAAAUGAAAUGAAGAGAGGGUCACCCACCUUA